UCGAGGACGCCGAGUCGAGUUGAAGAGUGUUUGACUGCAGUCUCUUGUCUUUCUCGCCGUUAGCCCCAAACAAGAAACGCUCCCGGUUUUUCUCUUCACAACGCCUUUGGCUCCAUCCACAUCUAGAAACGAAAAACAGAGAAAUACUACCUAGAGGGGCCAAAAGAGAGAGACCAGUUUUGUUCGCUGUUUCAGUUUUUGUCUCGAACAGGAAUUCUUCUUUUCGAUCGAAAAAAAGAGAAGAAGAUCCAGUUGAAAGAAAAGAAAAGUUUUGUUACCGAGCAGAGAGAAUAAAAAGAUAAUCGAAGCAGAAACUUAAAAAAAAAAGCAUACAUACAUUUUUACUUUGCCAGUCUUUCAGUGCACUUCGGUCAGGGCAGUGGUCUCAAGUCGAAGUGUGUUGAGCGCGGGAUUUUGUCUGUGACCUUCCUCCAUUUUUGUUUGAUUCUUCGAACCACACGUACAGUUGUUGUGCGAAACAGUUUUCUGCCCUUAUUCUUUGAGCAGGCAAACACGUUCACGAGAAUGACGCGAUUGAAUUUCAUCAGCCUGCUUCUAUUGAUCGGUAUCGCCAAUUGUCAAGUGACGAUCGAGCCACAGAAUAUCGUCGUUCGACAAGAUGAUGUGACGAGAUUGAUGUGCAAAACGCGCACGCCAAUCAAGAGCUGCUUGUGGGAGAUCAACGGCGAUCUCUACAAUUUAUCGCCGGGCAGUCUAUACGAACCAUUGGGAAUCCUCGAAGAUGGAGAAUGCGGCAUUCAGGCCAGAAUUACGGAGGCUGAAAACGGCGUAUGGUCCUGCCGUGUGUUCCUUAGCGGAACGAGCAGAUCACCCGCCGAACGGGCCAGCGCUAACGUCACCGUUUUGGCAUUGCCGCAGAUUUCACUGAGACCCAUGGAGGAUACCAUCACGGUCAUUGCUGGAGAAACGACCACAAUUGAUUGUAUGGUAUCCAACGCCCGUCCUGUCCCUGCCAUCAUGUGGAUGUUAGGCGAUCGUGAAUUGGAUUUUACCAAUACGCAAACGCUUGUGGAACCGCGAACGGUUGGCGACAACACGAAGGUGAGUAUCACGAGCAAGUUGAACUACGCCUUCCAGGCUGUCGACCACGACAAGUCGCUCCGUUGCGUCACCACUGGACCGUGGCUGACGAUGGAAGAUCCUCACCAAGCCUCGGCGCAAUUGAACGUCAUCUUUCCUCCUCAACCCAAAGAUGAGAUGACGUUGUACGGUUUUGUGCUCGGUCAGCCCGGUGACAUCACCGUCAAUUUCACGGCCAAUCCACGUCCAUCGGCCGUCAUCUGGAAGCUGGACGGUGAGACCGAGUUGGCUGUUGAACCCUUUACCGGCCGUUCCAGCGAUCCUCGCGUCGAAGUCAGCGAGCUCAGGAGCACGAACGCGACAUCGUACGAGGCCCGUUUGCGGAUCAAGUCGGUGAGCGAGGCGGACGCGCGUCGCAUUUUCCGUUUGGUGGUGGAGUCGUCGUUGAUGAACGGCGAGGCCGUCUCUCAGGAGUACAUGGUGCGCCUGUCUACAUCUCCAGCUCCGCUUCAAUGUAACCCGAAUCAAAUUGAGAACUGUUCGAAUCAAGCCAACCAACGGACCGUUGAUUCUCGUUCUGAUUUAGCCGGCGGAGUCGGUGGUGGCGGAAUCGCUGCCAUUGUUAUCGUCCUCGUGGCCGUCCUAGUCGUCACGGCCGUCGUCCUCUACGCCCGCAACACCGGCCGGUGGUGCUUCGCUGGAAGCCAUUCCGUUGGCGUCAGUACCAAAGAAAGUGCGGAUGAAGAAGCCGGCGAAGUCGGUCCCAACGAGGAUGACGAGGACAAUGCCGGACAAGGAGAUAACCUUCAUCAAGGCACCGGUGAGGUGAAAGUAGAAACGAGCAAUCAACGACAGAGUCUCACGCACCGGAUCUCAUCGCUCUAUGAGACGCUCAUUAGCAAAACGGCACCUAAAAAAUCAGCCGGAGCAUCCGCUGGAAUUGGUAACGCCGCUGUCGAUAUCGAUGCAAAGGAAGGAGCGAUCGUCUACGCCGAAUUGGAUUUGAAAUCACCGGCAGGUGAAGGCGCCAUGUCCGACUCUGCGGCCGUUCGGAUGAUCAAGGACGAAACGACGGAGUACGCCGAAAUUGUGCCCGUGAAAGGCAAGGACAGUGCGGCAACAACGCCGACUGAAUAAAAACCGACACACGCAAACAAAACGCAAGUUGACUUUCUCUCUCUCUAGCACGCGCAUAUCGUAACGGACAAAAACAUAAACAUUUAAAAAGCAAAAAAAAAAAAAAAUUAAAGUUAAAUUACAUCACCUUUACGUUGUGGAAUUCUCAACGCAAAAUGUUGCGUAACACACACAAUAAUAGAGGAAGCAUUUUGUUUCCGAUUUCAAGUGUGCAUUUUUGCGUGUAAUUGUAUUUGAAUCGAUUUCUUUUAUUAUUAUUAAUUUUUUUUUUGAAAUGGUGGAAAUUUAUUAUUAUUAUUUUUUUUAUUGACUCUUCAAUUCAUGACAUUUCUUCCGGUUUUUAUUUAAAGAAACUAACAUAAAAGGGAAAAAAAAAAAUAUUUUCUAUUGUGUGUGUGCGUGUUGCUGAUUUUCGCUUGUAUAAUUUUUUCUCUCAUUUGUUGUACAAAAAGAAAAAAAUCAUGGCGAAACAUUUUAGCGUGUUUUUCAACUGCCCAUUUUUGAAAUUGUGCAUUUUUUUUUCUUCCAAAUUUGAUCGAGUGCGAAUUAUUUUUGGUUACCAAUCGUUUGAUGGCAGUUUAUGAACAAAAUUCCAAUUUUUCAUCUCGUCAUUUUUCUUGAUGUCGAAUUCAUGUCGCAUUUCUUUUCACUGGGAACAAUUAAAAACAGCAACAACCGAAAAAUGUAAAACCCUUCGUGUUUUGUAUCAUUUGUCCAUCCCGACAACUCAACACAAACCUUAAAAAUAUACAACAACAAUUCGAAAAAAGAAA